AUGAAGGGCGUCAUUACCAUCCUCACCAUGGCCAUCGCCGCGACAGCCCUGGCCUUCCCUCACCGAUGGGUAAGAGACGACAACAGCACCAACCCAAACACCAUCCCCGUGCCAGCUCCUAUCCUCGUGCCGACACCCACCACCAAACUCCUCCCACCCUCUGUGUCCGCCGCGACGGCUCAGCCCGCUUCCACGAAUAAGGCCCUCGUCACGCCGGCCCCGAGUGCGAGCCCGAACUCGGAUUCGAAGUCAAACUUGUCUGCCGCGAGCAAGAGUGAUCCGGAGAAUAAAGAUGGGAAGGUAGGUUCAGCUUCUUGUUCUGUUUGUUCUGAGGUGUGCUAA